AUGGUUGAAGUUUUUGACAAGUAUAAGGACUUGAUUCAAGAAGGUGAUUUAGCUUUGAUAUGGAUCUCUAGGGAUAAUAUCAAACCUGUCACCAUUAAUGCCAAUGAGACAUUCAAUACCAGAUAUGGUUCUUUUCCUCACAAGGACAUGAUAGGUAAGCCAUAUGGUUCACAAAUAGCCAUUAGAACAAAAGUUGCUAAGAAGUUUGCCUUUGUCCAUGUGAUGCAACCUUCUCCAGAGCUUUGGACUUUGUCUCUACCUCAUAGAACGCAGAUUGUAUACACUCCGGACUCAUCAUAUAUUAUGCAAAGGUUGAAUUGUUCGCCAAACUCUAGGGUUAUUGAGGCGGGAACAGGUUCCGGUUCUUUCUCACAUGCAUUUGCAAGAAGCGUGGGUCAACUGUACUCCUACGAAUUUCAUCCUGUUAGAUACGAGCAAGCUACAGAAGAAUUUAAAGAGCAUGGAUUGCUAGACAAGAACACUAUUAUUACCCAUAGAGAUGUGUGUAAAGACGGUUUCACCAUUAAAAAAACGGAUGAAACAUCUUAUCAAUUUAAAGCAGAUGAGGAACAGUUACAAAUUAAGGCAGAUGUGAUCUUCUUAGAUUUACCUGCUCCUUGGGAAGCUAUACCGCAUAUUGACUCUGUCAUUGAUAAUGAUGAAAAGGUCGGGCUAUGUUGCUUCUCGCCAUGUAUAGAACAAGUUGAUAAAACUCUAGAAGUCUUGGAGAAGCAUGGGUGGUUUAAUGUAGAAAUGGUCGAAAUACAAGGCCGUCAAUAUGAGAGCCGUAGACAGAUGGUUAGAAGUCUUGAUGAUGCUCUUGAAAGACUGUCAGAUAUAAAAAAGAGAAAACUGGCAAUGGUAGAGAGACGUCAAAAAGCUGAGGAAGAGCUGGAAAAGAAAAUUGAAGCUAAUGAGAAGAACUUGCCUGAGCUACCACCUAAGUCAAUUGAGAAAUCGAAAUUCAAUCCAUUUGGUAAGGGUUAUAGAGUGAAAGAAGGUGAUGCCAACUUCCAAUGGAAAGAAGUCACGAAAGUAGAAUCCGAAAUAAAGUCCCACACCUCUUACUUAACAUUUGCAUACAAAAUCAAGAGAAAUGAGGAUGAAAACUUGGACAAGAAUUAA